ACACGCUUUGUGUUUUCCGUGCCUCUCCGCCGCCGCCGCCUUCGUCGGUUUCAGCGCACAUUCGCGUGACCAGCGGGCAGAAAUAAACGCGCGCCCUUCGUCAUUCAGCGCGCAGUGGUAAUAAUAAUCGUUGCCCGUCAACGGCAAUAAUACACAAUUUAUUGGUCCGGCGCGAAAGAGUGUCCGUUUUUUUCUUCGUUAUUUGUUAUUUCUACCAUAUAUUAAAAUAAUAUUAUUAUAACUACACAACAAUACAUAUAUAAAUAGACCGUCGCAAUGUAUUUGGUCACGACCGUUUUGUCCGUUGGAUUUCCCAAUGAACCCAAUGUAAUUUUUCGGGGCCACCGGUUUUCCACCGCCAGAGCACGGAGCGUCGCCACACUUUGACGGACUUGCCGCGUUAAGGUACAACUGCUUCGCGUUCGACUGCCGGUAACCUAAAUACAAAGAUGCUACAGAGGUCACCGUCAUCGAGAAAGAAACGUGUGCAUAACAAUGACGCUCGUCGAACAAGUGUUGCAUUUAAUUUGGACGGUCAGUCAAUGCGCCAACAGGAUAUUGGAAGACAACAACUGCCACAGCAACCCCAACAGACCCCGCAAUAUAGUGGUCAGCACAGGAGGGCUAGUAUUGCGGCUACAUCGCCAUCUGAUGGAUUCGAGAUGCAUCAACGAUCUAGGAUAUCGCCGGACGAGGAAUUCUACGAAUACACGUCACACAAACGUAGUCCCAGACCUAGUUUUGUAUCUGAGACCAAAGUACAGUACAUCGAUAAGAGCCCAAGGAACAGUCUCGUGCCAGAGAUAUCGAGGAGUCCACGGAGUAGUCUAAUACCAUCCGAUCAUCGGAAACCACCGCGGUUGAUGCCGGAUGAACAACAAGAGUGUUAUAUUCGUCCUAGUCCGUCCAGACUGGAGGUCGAUAUUAACCGGAGUCCUAGGCAUAGUCUCACGUCCGAACAUCCGGAUCCCAGGAGCCCGAGAAGUCCUCGCGGUAGUAUGGUACCGGAUGAUGAAUACUCUGAUCUGAGGUCCGGGCUCCGUUUAGACGUCGAGAGUUUCAACCGUAGUCCAAGAUCAAGUACUGCUGGGUUAGAUCCGUCGAGAAGUCCCAAAAACAGUUUGGUACCCGACUUCAACCGAUCACCAAGAGGCAGCGUAGCGUACGACUUGAACCGUAGCCCUAGAGGUAGCUUAGCAGUGACUCCCGACGCUAGCCGUAGUCCACGUGGUAGUCUGAUACCAGAUCCCGGUAAAAGUCCCAGGGGCAGUGUGGCCUCUGAAGGCGCGUACAACAUGAAUCGAUCAGCCAGAGGAAGUAUAGCAAUGGCGGAAUCGGCGUCGUUGGGCAGGACUCCUAGAGGAAGUUUGGGAUCUGUUUCGUGCGUUCAUUUUGAUCCACAAUUGAGAACUACCAGGACUUCAAAUGAACAAUCCAGUGGAUCUCCGAGAGGAACACUCAAUAAAGAUCCACAGAGGAGUUCGUCGCCUUAUAAAAAUACACAGUACAAUGUGCAAAAACAAACUUUUCCAGAUGAGUCGAGAAGAGCUAGUAGUAGUGUAAGUCAAGUUUCCGGCGAUGAGAGAAAACGUUUAUGUGAUCAUAUCAAGCCUUCUGACAGUGGUCUUACUCUUUAUGGGUCAUUGACUUACCAACUGAACCACGCUAACAUGGAGUCCACGGGUAUAUUCGAUUAUAUUGUCAAAGCUUUGGGUAUUAUCCAUAGAACAGUGAUUGUCACGGUUAUUUUGUCAAUUUUGGCAAUUGUGCCUUUAGUCAUGUUCGUUGUUGGUGUUCAGUUUGUGCGUGACUGUCCCCGUGAACCGCACAUACCAAUCUACAUGAUCGUGGGCGGCAUAUUCGGACUGAUCAAAAUGAUUUGGCUGUUGUUCCGGCAGGUCAAGUCUUUGCGGUACGACCGGCGCCGGCGUCCCGAUCUCGGGUCCGGCGAGGACGUGGUCUCGUCCAUGGGGUCCCGCAUAGCGUCGGUCGCGCUGUCCGCGUUCCUGGCCGGGUGGUUCGCCCUGGGCAACUACUGGAUACUGUCCGUGUACUGGCCCGACUCGGAACCGUCUUCGCUGUACGAGCCCAACGGCUGGUGCAACCGGACGCUGUACGUUACCAGUCUGGUGCACCUGGGCCUGGCGUACGCGUCCGGCGCCGCCGUGCUGGUCGCCGUCGUGGCCGUGCUCGUGUUUCAGCAGUGCGCGCUCCGUUUCAAAUAG